AAUAAGAUAAAUAUAUAAUAAAAAGUGGCAAAUACAUAAGGUUUAAACAAUUAAUUAAUUAUAACAUGUAAAUUAUAAAAUUAUUGUAUUUGAAAUAGUUAUAUAAAUAUUAAGUAUAUGAUUAACAUUAAAAAUAUAUACCACUUAUGUUCUAAAAUAAUAAUUUAUUUAUAAAAAAGUGAAAACAAACACCCGUGCGGUUGCACGAAUCAAAAUCUAGUGCCAAUUAUUACGGGAGUACUUGUGAAUGUCAUUUUAAAAAAUAAGGGUUAUUUAUUACUAUUACAUGAUUCAGAUCUAUUUAUUUAUAUUCUACUAUCACGGAUACCUUUAUAUAAAAUAAUAACUAUAAUAAAUAAUUGGUUGGUUUACAUAAGCAGCUCACACAUAUAUAAGAACGAGUAUAUAUAAUUUUAUGUACAUAGUUUUACAAUUACAUUAUGUGGAUCUCGACCACAUAGUUUUUGUUAUAAAAUUCCAUUUUACAUUUGUGUAUAUAUUUAUUUGAAAAUGAAUAAUACAGACUAUACAGUGCAACGGCGCUGGCUACAUUUUGAUUUUGCCAUAAUUUCCUCCACUUUUUUUUGUCAGCAUAUUUUCCUCUACUUUAGUAAUUAUUAUUUUAUUGUUUUGUGGACGCCAAUUAUUUUGUGAAUUUUAAUAUGUGAAAAAGUCAGGUCAUUCUCACUCUUCAGUACCAAACGACAUUUUUUUCGUUUUCAUAUGUGAAAUGUUAAUAUAUAUAUUCAAAAACAUGAAAGUAAAAAUAUUUAUUUUCAGAAACAAUAAUGGUGCGACUAAAAAGAGAAGUCGUAUUAUUGUAAAACUGAACCUAAAAUAUAAAAUAAGAAUUGAAAUUAUAUGAACAGAUUUAUACCAAACAAAGAGACGAAAGAUGAUGGAGACAAGACGUCGAAACAAGUGGGGGCGUAGAAAUUGACCUUCUCGUGAGCCACAUUUGGAUAAUGUGUAACGAUCCAAAUUUCGGCCCAGAAAAAUUUAGCCCAAUAAAACUUAAUUACAUUGCAGAAAAUCUUAAAUUCUUUUAUUUAAGAUUGGAUUUCGUGGUGACCUCUGACAGAGACUUUUAAGGAUGGCAAAAACCCUGUCGGAAAAUCACCGGAACAGCCACAAAUAACUACCAUGAAAGAGAAGUCAUCCCACUAUCCAAAAAGAGAGAUUAGAGCUCAGCAGACACGUUUUGGAGGAACAGAAGAACGAUCGAUCAAAUAUGAGUAUUUCGAAGUAAACUUUUGAGUUUAUGUUCUACACUCAUAGAUCUAUGUGUAUCAGAGAGCAGAUCGUCAUUUGAGUUUAUCUACACGUUGUUUCUUUGGGACUGAUAUCUACAGAUCGGAUCCGUGAACAGUCAACUUCAUCAGCGUUUUACCGUUGAUACAGAAAGAACCAGGGAACGGGCGAGAUGUCACUUGAAACGUCUCGAUUCCAGCUUUUCAAAUCAUCUAUCCGAUCGUCAAAUCGACGUACGGUUAGAAAGUUAUUGACGUUUCUUCUUGGCAAAGAAUAAAGCUGUUGAGUUGCAGAGACAGUUCCGGCCAGUCUCGAUGUAAGUGAGAAACGGUCGACAGAAACAAAAUAUAUCAUUCUGGAAAUUUUUCAAGGUGUUGGUGCAGUUGUGUUUACGACCAGCCUGGAGAUGAAGCUACUUUAGUUGAGAAAAUAGUGUCCGAUGGGAGUAAACUUGGUGUCUAUGGAUAGAGGACAUAUAGGACGACAUUAUGAUCGGAGGGAUCGAAAAGUUAACGCUCAGUUCUUGAGUUAUUCAUAUGUUUUCUCUAUGGUUCAGUUCUGCCAGAAUAUUAUAUUGAUCUAAUUUCAGAGAGUUUCGGAGUUGCUUGUUGGAGCCGUCAAGGUCAAUUCGGUGUUUCCUCAGGUUUCUUCAGAACCCGUGGCAAAGGUGAGGGUCUAUUCCGUAAAUCACGUACCAGUGUAGAAUUCUCUCUAUCGUAGUUUAGAUUUCGAAUCAUGAUCCGUCUGUUUGAAUUGAGUCUUGAUUGUUAGUUAGUUCAUUCAUUGUAAACUGGAACUAGGGAUCUAGAGGAUUCAACCUUUGAUUGGAUUGUGUGAUGUUAAGAGAUGCGAUAUAUAUAUAUAUAUAUGUAUACAUAGUUAUUAGUAGGGACUAUGUGCGCGGACGGGGGCUCAUAGAUGUCUGGGCUAGCGACGCUACUUUGAUUGUGUGGGCAGGGGUUCAGAGACGUCUGGACUUGCGAUGCUACUGGUGCGGGCGUGCGGUGCAGAGACUUUUGUACCAUGGACGCUACUUGAGAGGGCGGGGGUACAGAGACAUACUGUACUAGCGACGCUACGUAUUAUAUAUCCAUAUGAGGAGAUGCGGGGUGUAUGGACUAGCUAUAUGCUAUCAUCGCAUUGUUUGGUUUGUGUGAUGCGCUAGGCGUCGUGUGUGUUCAUGUUAGAGCUAAACUUCCAUAGUGGGAGUUCUAUUUACUCAAGUCAGUGGUUUGCGUGUUUAGCAUCCCAUACCUCACGGAAUAACUCCCAUGUUACUCACCCCUCCUAUUCCUUCCCCUUUCAGAUGAGACUGACGAGCAUGAGUUAUUGCUAUCGGACUGGUGCUUUGGGAGUUUUAUUUCUUUUCUUUUUCAGACUUGCGGUUUUAUGCUUUUACCGAUAUUUUUAUUAUAUUAUUUGGAUUUAUGGCUAUUUAUUGGAUUUAUGGCUUUGGAGUUGACUUUUGAGAAGUAGAGUAUAUAGAUUCCAGACUUUUUAUUUAUUUAAGUUAUUUUGGAAAAUAUGGGUGUUACAUAAUGUUCCUCUAAUCUCUUUUAAUUUUCUGCACAUCUCAUUCAAUCUACAUGUCCGAUUAAUUACUAUUGGAAUAUGGAAUUUAAUUCUAUCAAAAAGGUUGACUUAAAUGAGAAGAUUGCAAUUCUAUUAUAAUGUAUACACAGAAGUGUAACUACAAAAAUCAAUGGUAUAUAUAUAUAAUUAUCAUAGAUAGUUUUGUGGACUUUGAUAAAUGAGGUCACCCUAAUUUCAGUCACUCCCAGGCACUAAAAUCGAGGCGCCACAUCUUCAUUCUCCUUCCUCGCCGGUGGAGCCCCUGCUCACCGGCAUCGCCUUCUUUCUCUCUCGUGUUCAGCUAUGUCCCGUCUACCUCCUUCUGUUAUGCUUUUCGCUUUUGUUUUGUGGCUGCUCGAGCUGCAGUUGGAGCCAUGGAAGCGGCCUCCGGCGAGUGGUGACACGGCUUCUGGUCGCGUUUUAUCCAUCUCUGACUUCGGCCUCUCUCCCGCUGACCCGGAUCUGCUAACUGAGACUCAUUCUGGUGCUCAGCCACUGCAUAGUUCGAAGAGUCUGCAUCUUCGUUGCUCUCCUACAAGACCUUCCUUCCGGCACCAACGAGCUGCCUCAUCCUGUCCUCCUGUCGCCUCCCCUAGCCUCAGAUCUAUCUACUGGUCAGAUUAUCACAGAGAGCUCAGGCCUCUUGCAUCUGUUGGCUACUGUUUCCCUCCCACGUCACAAGCUACCUCCAUCUUCCCCAUUACAGUCGUGAAGUACUUCACUCUCCCGUCUGAGGUGGUUUCCACUAUCUCCGGUGAUUCUUUUGCGUCCGGUCCCCGGCUGUUCUCUAAUCCCGUCGAAUCACUUGUUCCCCUCCAUCCCCACUGUUGUCGCAUAUCCUUCAACGCUACUGCCAUCACCACUUCUCGUUUCUAUGGAACUAAGCUAUAUCAUUUAAAUCUCCUCCUCCUCCUAGUGACCGCCGGAUCUAUUAUGCAAGAGUGCGGUUUCACCAGAUUUGCUCCUUACAUUCUCACCGUUGCGUCUCCAUCACACUACACCGUCUCAAGCAUCGACGGUUCUUCACAUACCCGGAUCUAUGGCCCUCCAAAUCUCCUCGUCGCUGGAACUAUUGUGUAAGAGUGUGGAUUCACCAGAUUUACUAACUUUAUCACUGCUGCGUUUCCAUCACAUUACGCCAUCUCAAACAUCGACGGUUCUUCACAAAGUCAACUAUGCGACCUUCAAACCGGAGCUGUUGUUAUCUUUAACGGAUGUUCUCAGAUUUCUUGCUCAGGCCGUACCUCUACUCAUCGAGUCUUCACUGGCGUGUUGAGACCCUUGCUUGUCAGAACCAGGAUCUCAUCGUCUGCAGAAGCAUUAGCAACGAGUUGUCGGCUAGUUCCACGCAUGAAUUCGCUAUCGUCUAUAUCUCGAGUCAGACUCUUGUCUCCGUCGCCUCCCCUCCACAUCCCACUGCAACGUGACCUAAACUCAGCAUAUCCCGACCCUGUCAACUGCUAUCUUUUAGAGGCUGUACCGUCGACGACUCUGUGUGUAGUCCUAUUCCGGCAGCAUCUCCGCACCUCACUGCAACAUCGGGAGAUCCAGUCAUCUCCAGAGACAUCUUUCAGCUGCUCUUGAAUUUGACUUCAUCGCGUUCUUUCGAAUGCAGGCUCGAGUAUUACAAGUGAAGCUUCUCUAUAGGUCUCUUCUCUUCUCAGUCAUCUAUAUCCUUUGUCAUGUUUUGCUUAUUCUCGUAUUUUACCUUACCGUCGAGUUAUGUAAUCGCCCAUCGGGAUUUUAGUUUUUAAUAUAAUCAGUUGUUCAAAAAAAAAAGUUAGGUGGACUUCAACCCAACGAAAUUGUUAUUGAACUGAUUUUUUUUUAAUCUUGUAUAGAAUCUUCAAGAGACUUGCGCGUACAAAAAAUUAUGUUACAGAAAUAGUCUUAUGGGGUAAAGAAUUUGUUUACUACAUACCAUGAAAAUGAUACAAUGUAUACAUCCUCCAUUGUAUUAAGAAAACUAGAUAGUAACCCGCGCUUUGUACGGGAUAAGAUGUCUAUUGAUAUAAAAAUUAUAUAUUAUGAUUAUGUAUAACAUAAGGUAUACUUUAAAUGAUAGUUAGAUAGAAUAAAUGUAUGAUUGUUCUCAAGGACGAUAUAAUGAGUUCACUAAUAUUAAAAUUUAAUUGACGGUAUUUGCAAGUUUAAGAAGAAGUUUUGGAAAAUAUUUUUUUUUUAUAUUUCGCCUUAUGGACUUAGAGGUUUAACAAAUAAAAUCGAAAAAAUGUGGAUCAAUAACAUAUUAUAAGCAAAACAAUAAAUGUGUGAAAUGAAAAAUUUAUAGCUCUUUUAAAUUCAGAAAACAUAGUUGCAUAAUAAAAGAAAUUGAAGGUUAUUUGACCCUCUAAAUUGUAAAGGUUGUUCCAGAUGCGACCAACACAAGAGACUUGCUUGUGCUUUGUUCCCGUAAGUUUCUUCUCAUCUUCAAGGUCGUCUAAUGCAGACCUCUCAUGGCGGCGAAGGUGGUGACACUCACAUGCUUAUAUUGCUUGCUCGAGAAGACUAAUACACUAAGCCGAGACAAUUUACAGUGAUUCAGUCUCCUCAAAACAGAGAUCACCUCAUCGAGCAAUAAGAAAACCGAGUAUGACAUAUUUAUCUAGAAAUAUAUUUUCAACGUCCUCUUUCAGCAAUGAGAGGCGGUUCUCAAGAAUGUGAGUAAUCUUCUAAAUGCAUGAAAGCAGGUAUGGAGAAAAGAGUUCUUUCAUUAACACUUAGCAUGUACUAAAGUUUCAUCGCUUUGUCGUCUCUACGGAUUUGUCGAGGCGAUAUAUCAGAUGGGUUACCGUUUUUAA